AAUACAAUGAUUCUAGGAAAGAUAGAGGGUAGUAGAGAGGACAACUGCACACCAGACAGAUGAACUCAAUCUGCAGGACCUGGGUGAGCAGUGCAGAGAAGGACUGAGGAUCUUGGAGAUGUCUCAUCCGUAGGCCACCAUGAGUUGGGGACAACUCAAGGGCAGUUAACAACAACAACAACUCUAUUGUAGUCCAACACUCAAACCAGCAUGCAACUCUGGCCCUCAUAGAUUUACACAUGUCCCAUCUGUACAGGCAAGCUGGCAGAGGGAGUAAAAAGUCAGAGCUAUGCUGGGAAGUCCACUGGGAUUGCAGUCCUGAUGUUUUGGCAACUAAUGUUGCUAGUAGACUGGUGGCUGAGCUCACUGACUUAUGCUGAAAUGCCAUACCAGAAGGCACAGACCUACAGGAUUUCCAGAACUUAAGAAUGAUUCUUUCCUUCGUGCAGCACGAGGAGAAGAGACAGAGUACACCCCUGUGUGGUGCAUGAGACAGGCGGGAAGGUACCUCCCAGAAUUCCGUGAGACUCGAGCAGCUCAAGAUUUCUUUGCAACCUGUCGGUCACCAGAGACAUGUUGUGAACUCACACUGCAGCCUUUGCGGCGUUUUCCUCUUGAUGCUGCCAUCAUUUUCUCAGACAUCUUGGUGGUGCCCCAGGCACUGGGCAUGGAAGUGGUGAUGGUUCCUGGCAAAGGACCUACCUUCCCUGAUCCACUGAAGGGUGUAGAGGACCUGCUGAAACUUCACCAGAAGGUGGACGUGGCAGCAGAACUGGGCUAUGUCUUCCAAGCUAUCACAUUAACACGGCACAAGUUAGAAGGGAAGGUGCCUCUGAUUGGCUUCUCUGGUGCUCCGUGGACACUGAUGUCCUAUAUGAUUGAAGGUGGUGGUUCCAACACAAUGGCCAAAGCCAAGGCCUGGCUCUACCGUCAUCCCGAGGCCAGCCAUCGUCUGCUCACAUUAUUAGCUGAUGUAAUUGUGGAUUACCUGGUGGGACAGGUGGCUGCAGGUGCUCAGGCUCUGCAGCUUUUUGAGUCCCAUGCUGGACAUCUGGGACCAGAGCAGUUUUCAGACUUCUGCCUUCCGUAUAUCCGGUCCAUUGCCAAGCGAGUAAAGACUAAGCUGCAUGAAGAUACCUUGCCUGUAGUUCCCAUGAUCGUCUUUGCCAAAGAUGCACACUAUGCACUGGAGGACUUGGCACAGUCUGGGUAUGAUGUUAUCGGCCUGGACUGGACAAUCCAUCCUGAGGAUGCUCGCCAGCGUAUAGGAAAGGACAUUACCUUACAAGGGAAUUUGGAUCCAUGUGCUCUCUAUGCCCCAAAGGAGAAGAUUGGGGAGCUGGUGAAGAAGAUGUUGGAAGGCUUUGGCACACAACGAUACAUUGCAAAUUUGGGCCAUGGCCUCUACCCUGACAUGAACCCAGAACAUGUGGGGGCCUUUGUGGACGCUAUCCAUGCACACUCUCGCCACCUCAAUAAAUGUAGAUGAAGUCUUGGGGAGCAAGCUCUAAUCUGGAUAAUGGAGAGUGUACUGUUCAAGCUGAACUGAGAAAAUGCACAGGAAGAGUGCAGCUGGUUGUGGUAGCUCCAAAGUCAGCCUUCAGGCACUCACAAGAGAAGGGUGUUGGUUUUUAGUGGCAUGCUAUUAAAACAUUUUCAUCUCCA